AGCUUCCUGGUUGUAAACCGCUUUGAGAGUGCUGACAGCCAGUCAACUUCAAAAGCAGCCAGGAGAAACUUUCUCGCAAACUUUGGGAAGGAAUUAAAAAAUGCUGAAAGGCGUAGAUGAUGUUGUUAUGGAGCAGGAGGACUCUGCUUCCCGACAUGGAGAAAUGACAAGUUGGGAUAUCAAUGACAUCAAACUUCCCCAGGACGUGAGAAAGAUAGACUGGUUUCAAGAAUGGCCGGAUUCCUAUGUAAAACAUAUCUAUAGCUCAGAGGAUAAAAAUGCUCAGAGGCACCACAGCAGCUGGGCAAUGCGAAACACCAACAACCACAACUCUCGUAUCUUAAAAAAAUCCUGCCUUGGGGUGGUGGUCUGCAGCAAUGACUGCUCGACCUUGGAUGGGAGGAAGAUCUACCUAAGACCAGCCAUAUGUGAUAAAGCUAGGCAAAAACAACAGCGGAAAUGUUGUCCAAACUGCAGUGGACCCCUGCGGCUGCUUUCCUGCCGAGGCCAUGGUGGUUACCCAGUUACCAACUUCUGGAGGCAUGAAGGCCAAUUCAUAUUUUUUCAGUCCAAAGGAGCUCAUGAUCAUCCACGUCCAGAAACAAAACUAGAAGCAGAAGCACGAAGAUCAAUCCAAAAAGCUCAGACAGCUUUUUCUCCAGCUUCUCCAAGAUUAAAAAGAGUCCGGGAGGUUGAGUCUCUGACAGGUGCGAUGCCGAUGCGGGAGGCUUUGCCUUUGCUCCUUUCCAAGCCGGACGCUUACCUGCAACCUGCUAAUUUGGGGGGACAUUUAAGCAAAAGCUCCCGGGAGCCCACACUGGGCAGCUGCUCCGGGCGGCCGCCAUUCCCAAAGGCAGUUGAGGAGGACGGAUGCUCCGGAGAGAUGCCGACCUGGAGCAGGACCCUGUCCCUCAGGAGGACACCCAGCGCCAGGAGGCCUUGCAGUGGCCCUACCCUCCUGCCCUGCCCAGCCCCUUCCCCCCGGCACUGCGCCCACCCCACCAGCCAGCACCUCACCCUGGUGUCAAAGGGUGGCCAUGAUGCCUUCAGGCCUAGCGCUGGCCCUUUGGGGGAGGAAUCCCACCAGGGGAAAUCCCUGCCGACCUACAGCGGCAGCUGCCUCCCUCCACCACCAUACCCUGCACCUCCGGGAGGGCCCUGCGAGCCACAACCCCACCGCCAGCUCUUGGCACCUCUGAGGGGAAGCCAAGGAGACAGGGGUGAGGGAGGACGCCAUACAGGUCUCAGCUACUGCCACGACGACAUGUUUUUUAACCUGUACCCCUUACGGUGA